AUGUUCGCUGGCGCUGUAUUCAUCAAGCUGGCCUUGGGAUUGGACCUUUACCUGGCAAUCUUCAUCCUCUUGGCUAUGACUGCUGUUUACACCAUCACUGGGGGGUUGGCCUCGGUGAUUUACACAGACACCCUCCAGACCAUCAUCAUGCUGAUUGGCUCUUUUAUUCUCAUGGGGUUUGCAUUUAACGAAGUUGGAGGUUACGAGAGCUUUACCGAGAAGUACAUGAAUGCCAUCCCAUCCGUAGUCGAGGGGGACAACUUGACAAUCAGUGCCAGCUGCUACACACCUCGGGAGGACUCCUUCCACAUCUUCCGAGAUCCUGUGACUGGGGACAUUCCAUGGCCCGGAAUUAUAUUUGGAAUGCCCAUUACAGCUUUGUGGUACUUGUGCACGAAUCAGGUCAUCGUGCAGCGCUGCCUGAGUGGCAAGGACAUGUCUCACGUGAAGGCCGCUUGCCUCAUGUGUGCUUACCUGAAGCUGCUGCCCAUGUUCCUCAUGGUGAUGCCAGGGAUGAUCAGCCACAUCCUGUACACAGAUAAGGUAGCAUGUGUGGUACCUUCUGAAUGCGUGAAACACUGUGGCGUUGAUGUCGGCUGCACUAACUAUGCAUACCCAACGAUGGUGCUGGAACUGAUGCCCCAAGGACUGCGAGGCCUGAUGCUUUCGGUCAUGCUGGCCUCUCUCAUGAGCUCCCUGACCUCCAUCUUCAACAGCGCCAGCACCCUCUUCGCUAUUGACCUCUACACCAAGGUGCGAAAGCAAGUGUCGGAGAAAGAGAUCCUGAUAGCUGGACGAAUAUGUGUUCUUCUAUUAACUGUUGUGAGCAUUGUGUGGGUCCCAUUGGUACAAGUGUCUCAAAAUGGACAACUAAUCCAUUACACAGAAUCAAUUUCUAGCUACCUUGGACCUCCAAUUGCAGCUGUCUUUGUGCUUGCCAUCUUCUGUAAAAGAGUCAAUGAACAGGGAGCAUUCUGGGGUCUAAUGGUCGGACUUGCCAUGGGCCUCAUUCGUAUGAUAACAGAGUUUGUUUAUGGAACAGCGAGUUGCUUGGCUCCAAGUACCUGUCCCAAGAUUAUCUGUGGAGUGCACUAUCUCUACUUUUCCAUCAUUCUCUUUUUUGGGUCCAUGCUGGUCGUCCUGGGAAUUUCCCUCUUAACAAAACCCAUUCCUGAUGUACAUCUGUACCGCCUGUGCUGGGUUCUUCGGAACAGUACAGAGGAGCGAAUCGAUAUAGAUGCAGAAGAGAAAAGUCGGGAAGAAACAGAUGAUGGUGUUGAAGAAGAUUAUCCUGAGCAAUCACGUGGAUGCCUCAAGAAAGCUUAUGACUUGUUCUGCGGUUUGCAGAAGGGACCCAAGCUAACCAAGGAGGAAGAGGAAGCCUUGAGAAAGAAGCUCACAGACACAUCUGAGAGGCCCUUGUGGAGGACAAUAGUGAACAUCAACGCCAUCCUCCUCCUGGCUGUGGUGGUCUUUAUUCAUGGCUACUAUGCCUGAACUGUAUCUGAGCCAUUGGAAUAAUGAAUAAUUCUUAAUAAUGAACCAAAGGAUAAGUUGAGUGAUUUUCGUUUUAUAGUGUGU